AUGGAUUUAACAAAGGUGUCAGGAGUGGGAGGAGGUGUGGGCGUCUUCAGGACAACAAUGGACGUCUUGGAUGGUAACGGUACACGCUGGCAGCUUCCUCAGCUGCUUCAUCACGCUAGGAAGGUGCGGCGGGAGUCGAGGUGCGUGACGGUGGUGGUGGUGAGUGACGACCUGGCCUUCCUGGCGGCCUUCGCCCAGUGGUCCCUCAACGAGCACCUGCUGGUGUGGUCGACGAGGCUCCUGGUCGUCACCGGCCGGCCCCUCCAGCAGCUGCAGGUCCUCCACAGGCUGCUCUUCAUCACCAACUCCAUGCUGCUAAUUAUUGAAGACUCACAUGACCACUUCAGGUGUGGAGUGUACCUCCAGGAGCCGUACACUCCCUGGGGAGCCCAGACGCUGAAGGUGGCCUCCUGGACGCCCCACCGAGGCCUCGCCCUCACCUCCAGCCUCACACUCUUCCCUCACAAGUUCUCAAGGUAA